CCACGCCGUAGCUGCCCCGCGAGCGAAGGAAUACGACGGUGCAGACUAGGGCGUCCUAUCCACGCGUGCUCCACAAGCCGGCCCCGUCCAAGUUGAAAAGGACAAAAAGAAGGCAAUAAAUGCUAAAGGGGAGAGAAGGAGAGAGAGAGAGAAAGCCAGACCGAGCGGCAACUCCCAGCCCGGGCUGCAAGAGAAGGAGGCGGGAGCGGGAGAGAGCGGGCGCGCGCGAGGGCGAGCCGUGCACGGGAAGAAACUGACACCCGGACCCCCCACUUCUCCUGCACGGUGCUGGCAAUCAGAUCGCGUUUAAGCAAUUUCCUGAGCCCGAGAAUAGCAAUGAGUCGGGAGACUUUGGCGGACUGAAAUUGGGAGCUGCAGUCACUCCCCAGUCCGGAGAGUUUCGUCCGCCGCCUCCUACCUCCUCCCCCUGUGCCCGGCUCCGCCGCGCGGAGGAUGGUGUGGAAAUGGCUGGGCGCGCUGGUAGUGUUCCCUCUGCAAAUGAUCUAUCUGGUGACCAAAGCAGCCGUGGGACUGGUGUUGCCCCCCAAGCUUCGGGACCUGUCCCGGGAGUCAGUCCUCAUCACCGGCGGUGGGAGAGGCAUCGGGCGCCACCUCGCUCGGGAGUUCGCAGAGCGUGGCGCCAGAAAGAUUAUUCUCUGGGGCCGGACUGAGAAAUGCCUGAAAGAGACCACAGAGGAGAUUCGGCAGAUGGGCACCGAGUGCCACUACUUCAUCUGUGAUGUGGGCAACCGGGAAGAAGUGUACCAGAUGGCCAAAGCUGUCAGGGAAAAGGUGGGUGACAUCACCAUCCUGGUGAACAAUGCCGCUGUGGUCCAUGGGAAGAGCUUGAUGGACAGUGAUGAUGAUGCCCUCCUCAAGUCCCAGCACGUCAACACCCUGGGCCAGUUCUGGACCACCAAGGCCUUCUUGCCGCGUAUGCUGGAGCUGCAGAAUGGCCACAUCGUGUGCCUCAAUUCCGUGCUUGCGCUGUCGGCCAUCCCUGGCGCCAUCGACUAUUGCACAUCGAAAGCGUCGGCCUUCGCCUUCAUGGAGAGCCUGACCUUGGGGCUGCUGGACUGUCCCGGCGUCAGUGCCACCACUGUGCUGCCCUUUCACACCAGCACCGAGAUGUUCCAGGGCAUGCGAGUCAGGUUUCCCAACCUCUUCCCACCGUUGAAGCCAGAGACAGUAGCCCGGAGGACGGUGGAGGCUGUGCAGCAAAACCAGGCCCUCCUCUUGCUCCCGUGGACCAUGAAUAUCCUCAUUCUCUUGAAAAGCAUACUCCCACAGGCUGCACUGGAGGAGAUCCACAGGUUCUCAGGGACGUACACCUGUAUGAACACCUUUAAGGGGAGGACAUAGAGGCUCUUCAGACACACCUGAGGAGCCACGGAGCCUGGGGGGAGCCACAGGACCCGGGCACACAUCCGUGUGCCUGUGCGUCGGCACAUCUGCUGGGGGAGCAGGACUGUUCCUGUCCCUAGUGAAGAUUCUGUGGCUCCCGGGUCAACUCCAGGACCUUCGUGCAGGACUGAUGUGUGUAACUCUGACCCCCAUGGGGAGGCGAGACGCCAUUCAGCAGCCACCUGACAGUUUCGCACCUCUCUCACUCUGUAGGUUUAUUGUUAAAUUGCUUCUCCAGUCUAACCCACCUGAGCAGUGUGCAUCGACCCUGUCCAGGGGAGUCUGUCCCCAGACACCCUGCCUUCCCCUCCAAACCCUGUCACCCUCAGCUCAUGCAAACUGGUUAAAUGGCAGUAACGCAAAUAAAGAGGUGGCUUGCGCA